AUGUCGUUGUUGACGUUGAUCGCUCGUGUGCGUGAUGGCCUUAUUCUCGCAACAUCAAUCGAAGGUGCAGACGGAGGUGACGCCAAUAUGGUCAAAUACUCAAACCAGGCAAAGAUGCUUUUCAAGAAAUUAAACCCAGCUCAAACGGCACACACAAUUGAAAGUGGCCCGUACCAGUUUCACUAUGUGAUAAAGGGUGCAAUCUGCGCUUUGGCCUUAUGCGAUCGACAGUUUCCACGAAAGCUUGCAUUCGCGUUUCUCGAUGACGUCGCAAAUGAAUUUCUCAGCCAGUAUGCAACCAAGGUCGACUCAGUGGCUCGACCUUACCACUUCUUAGAGUUUGAUUCAUACAUUCAACAAGCAAAAAGAAAGUAUGCGGAUCGAUCACGUUUUGCCAUGCAGGAAGUUUCUUCAGAGUUACAAGACGUUACUCGGAUUAUGAUUAGCAAUAUUGAAGAUGUAAUUCAUCGAGGGGAAGCGUUAAAUAUCUUGGAAGCUCGUGCAAGCGACUUGUCGGGUCUAUCACGCAAAUAUCGAGAGGAUGCAAAGGCUUUAAACCGUCGUUCGAUGUGGUACAAAGUCGGCGCCGGACUUUCGGUGUUGUUUUUCCUCGUUAUCAUCUGGCGUUUCUUCUUUAUU